AAAAAUGUUUAGACAUGAAUGUAAAGGCAGUAUGAAGAAGUUACAAAGUGUCUCUUGGCUGGUCCUUUUAACUGGAGCUGCUCAGCUCCUACUAGUGUGUGGACAAAGUUCACCUGGAGUGUACCUAUCUCUGGGAUCAACCAACAUCAUCACUAACAAUACUGAGAUCCUCAUCACUACUAUUGGAGAGGGUGCUCCGGGUGAUCUUCCCCUUCUCAUCUGUCACACUGAUCUAGUGGCCUGUUGUAGAAAAUCUGAUACAAUAGCAAAGACAAAUCCAACGGGAGAUUGGCACUAUCCAAAUGGAAUUCCUAUUCUUGUUGGAAAUAAAGCACCGCCAGAUGCAUUGUUUUAUAUACAGAGAAAUAAACAAGUGGUUAGACUGCAUCGUAAUGAGAGUAUCAACCCUCAGACUGGUUCCUACUGUUGUACUAUACCUACUAUUGCAAAGGAAAUGAUCCUCUGUGCCAACCUUGUCGUGUGUCUGUCCCUCCCUCCCCUGACCAAUGGAAUGAUAUCCUACUCUGACCCAACACUGGGUGUGGGGAGUGUGGCCACCUACAGCUGUGAGGCCGGAUAUAUGAUAAAUGAUAACAGUACUAGCACGACAUGUGAAGAGGGUGGAGAGUGGAGUCAAUCCAGUCAACCAAACUGCGUUGCCAUUCUAACUGCAAUGGUCUGUACUGAAUUGAUGGAUCUAGUCAACGGAACUAUCACGUAUAACAUGGAUCCCAUGGGCCUAAGACCAGUAGUGGGCACUGUGGCCACCUACACCUGUAACCCUGGCUACACUCUCACUGGAGACAACACUACGAUUUGUGAGAGUGGGGGGAGCUGGAGCAGUUCAGCUCAAACUUGUGAAGUGAUUGUGUGUCCUCUUCUACCGGCCAUUACCAAUGGCACCAUCUACUACUAUCCUGAUGUCAGUACUCUUUACGUUGACCUGGGAACUUAUGCAGCCUAUAUUUGUGAGGCUGGAUUCAAUAUCAUUAAUCAGGUACGAAUGUGUAUGGAAGAUGAUGGAUUGGACGCCAUUGGAAUGUGGAGUGGCCAGGAACCAAGCUGUGUCUUCAUCACUUGUCCCUCUCUUCUCCCUGAUAAUUCUCACACCUCAAUAAUCUACCUUCAUGACAAUACCACACCACCUUUCCCCUAUGGAACACGAGCGAAUUACACCAUCGACUGCCCUGAGGGCAUGGAGAGGGACGGAGAAGACGAUGUGAGGACUUGUAUUCGUAAUGGCAGUAGUGCAGUGGGUAUUUGGAAUGGAACUGCUCCAACCUGUACAGCCACAGAUACAAUGGACUGUACUGAUCUGAUGGAUCCUGUCAAUGGAGGUAUCACUUACGAUAUUGGCACCACUGGUAACAGACCAGUGAACACUGUGGCCACGUACGUCUGUGAUACUGGCUACAUGCUCGAGGAAGACGCCAACACCACUAGAACUUGUGAGAGUGCGGGGAGAUGGAAUGGGUCAGAACCAGAACCAUCCUGUAUAGCAAAACAGUGUAAAGAAUUGCCUCUGCUGAAAAAUGGAACAAUCAUGUACAAUGCUAGUACUCCUUAUUACCUGGAUACCACAGCAAAGUACAAGUGUAACAAUGGGUAUUUCCUGGAGGGACAAUUUCAGAGGAACUGCACUGCUGGAGAGGUGGACAAUAUCAGUGGGGUGUGGACAGGAUACGUACCAACAUGUGUCCGAAUACGAUGUGACCCGCUGAUGACUGCUUCUGAUAAUGGAAAUGUUACUUACUCAAAUCAAUUGGACGAUGACAAGUACAUCUUUGGCACAGUGGCCACCUACACCUGCUCUCAUGGUUAUGGUCUGAGCAGUACUGAGAGUCGAACAUGUAUCACUGAUAAUGGUGGUGGUGGGGCAAUCGGGAGAUUCAGUGGGAAUGAACCAAACUGCGAUCGUAUCACGUGUUCUGCUCUCCCAAGCAUUACAAAUGGGUCCAUCAGUUACCCUAGUGGUACUACUGCACCAUAUGACUAUGAAACAACAGGUAAUUAUCAGUGCAACGAUGGACAUGUGUUAACAAGUGGAGACAGUGAAAGGACUUGUACUGGUGAUGGUAGCACUUCUAGUGGUCAGUGGAGUGGUAAUGCCCCCAGAUGUCCACCUGUGGACUGUGGGACUCCUCUGUCUAUUAACAAUGGAUCUCCUGGGAUACCAACAACCACAACAUUCACAGGAACAGUGACCUACAGCUGUGUUACUGGAUAUUGGAUAUCUCCAAGAGUCACCACAGCAACGGCUACCUGUAAGGCUGACAGGACCUGGGUACCUCUACCAACUUGUCAAUUUGUGGAUUGUGGCUCUCUUCCCACCAUUAUGAAUGCAUCUCCUGGAACACCCACCAGAACAACCUACCUAGGGACAGUUACCUACACCUGUGUCAGUGGAUAUGAAGUCUCCAAUGGAGUUACCACAGCAAUGGCAAUCUGUCAGGACAACGGAAACUGGAGACCUCUACCAACUUGUACAAUUGUGAACUGUGGUGAUCCUCCCACUAUUCUCAAUGGAUCUCCUGGUACACCAUCCAGCUCAACAUUUGGAGGGACAGUGUCUUACACAUGUAAUAGCAAUAGAUAUCACGUGUCAGAUCCAGCCACUGUGACUUGUGAGGCUAGUGGGAGUUGGAGCACAAGACCAAUUUGCUCAGCCAUCUGCAAUGACCAUCAAAUUGAAAAUGGUGACAUCAACUAUGAUUCUAAUGCCACACCGAGAGUAGAGGGAGCCAUUGCCUUUUACUUGUGUGUGUCUGGUUACCAGCUGUCUGGUGUGAGAUUUAGGAUCUGUGCGGACAAUGGAAAUAGAAUGGGUGGUGUAUGGACUGGAUCAAUACCAAGCUGUACAGCAAUCUGCCUUGAUCUCACCCUUGCCCAUGGAGUGAUCAGCUACAGUCCAUCUACUACUCUCAGACUGGAGGAUACUGUGGCUACACACAGCUGUGGUGAGGGGCACGGACUGUUUCCUAGUGUGAGAACAAGAACAUGUCAGCCCGACAGGACGUGGAGUGGAGAGGAAAUCACUUGCAAACGUAUCACGUGUUCUCCUCUCCCUAAUGUUACGAAUGGGACCAUUAAUUACCCUAGUGGUACUACUGCACCAUAUAACUAUGAAAUAACAGCUACGUAUCAAUGCAACCACGGACAUAUGUUAACAAGUGGAGGAGACAGAGUGAGGACCUGUACUGGUGAUGGUAGUACUCCUAGCGGUCAGUGGAGUGGUACUGCUCUUCAAUGUCCACCUAUGGACUGUGAGACUCCUCUGUCUAUUACCAAUGGAUCUCCUGGGAUACCAACAGCCACAACAUUCACAGGGACAGUGACCUACAGCUGUGAUGAUGGCUAUGCACUCUUUGGGAUUGCUACAAGUACUUGCCAGGCAAAUGCAACCUGGAGCAGACAACCGAAAUGCAGAGGUAUCACUCUUACUGGUAUCCAAUCUGGUGUACCCAUCUUAAUUGGAGGUUCUGUUACCAUCAACUGCACAACUAUAUUUUCUGCUGACUCAAUAAUAUUGCUCCAAGAUAACCACCCUCUUUAUGGAACUCGUCAGUCCUCCACCAUCUUGACGCAUAACAUCCCUCUUGUGAACGAUAGCAUCCAUAGAAACACGUUCAAAUGUGUGGCCAAUUUCUCAGAAACUCCAGACACUGCCUUUGACAAUGUCACUACUAUUAUUGGCAUACCUGAUCAACCUAUCAACGCUAGUAUCAGCCCAUUAAUAUAUUCACUUCCAUUAAUCGGAGAGCCAUACACUGUGACUUGCAAUGUGUCUAAGUUGCCUGGACUAACUCGUACACCAACUGCUCAGUGGAUACAAGUUGCCACGGGGACUGGAAGACUAAUCUCGCCCACUCCUAGUCAAGCUACUCUCAAAUUUUCUCUACUGAGAACCUCAGAUGCUGGUACAUAUCGUUGUCAGGGUAACCUCAAUACCACUAUUUACCCUGACCUCCUUUCUGACAACAGUGAUUUCGACUUAAAUGUUCAAAUACCAAAACCAGCAGUGACAAUCACAAGGUCACCCUCCACCUUCUACUUGUUUGCUAACCUCAGUGUGGUAACAUUUACAUGUCAAGUGUCCAUACAUACAAACAUUGAUACUCCUGUCAGUUUGAGCUUGACUUGGACUCGUGAAAUUUAUAGUAAUGAAGAUGAUACAACCACUGAAGUGAUCAUGGUGAAUAAUACAACCAAAAAUAUUGAGAGGAGAUGGACCUUUGAUGAUUUUAGUUCAAAAGACAAGAAAGUAACUUGCAAUGGAACAAUAAACUCAGCUAGCAGUUUUAUUCAAGGCAAUAGCAUCACAAUUGAAGACAUGUUAUCUGUUGUUGGUGUGUUUCUGAUGUUCAACGGCAGUGUACUGGACAACACGACCUCUGUACCAGCGAGGGAUGUAAAUGUCAUACAGUGUCACUCUGACAAGACAGAUACAUUUGAUGAAGACCAACAUGGAUGGAGUUUCCCUAAUGGCACCAAGAUUACUAACAUCAGCACACUGGCUGUUGCAACACGGGAGGGAGGACACCUGGCACUCACUCGAGUGGGAAACAGUUCCCUGCCAGCUGGAAAGUAUUGUUGCAAGGCUCAGGACGCCAGGGAAACCAGCCACACCCUCUGUGUGCAUGUAAACCCAGAACCAAGUUCCAGUAGCACUGCCAUGGUGGGAGAGAUAGCUGCUGCAAUUGUCAUUCUGGUUGUUGCUCUACUGAUUAUCGGAGCAGUUAUUCUCAUUGUUGUCAGAGCUCAUAGAUCUGGAAAGCACACUUUCUCUGGCCUUGCGUUUGGUGGAGGGAGGGUCAAGCGCAAAUCUCUGUUCACCAUUAAAGUUGACCCCCUGACUCCAUUGGACAUACCCCUGGAUGACCACAUUGACACCUUGACCCCUGAUGCAAAUAUGUAUGUGGGCGUGACCACCUUCAGUAAGGAACCGGAUAAAAAAGUUGAAGCAAAUCAGCAAGGAUCUGCACUUGGUACAAACAGUUCAUUUUACACGACUGACUUCCCUGCUCAUGUGGACACAAUGCACGAGGACACAGACAAGCUCUUCGAGACUGAGUACAUGUCCAUCAGCAAGGAGCCCCACUCUCCCAACAACGAGUCAAAACUGCCUCACAAUACAACCAAGAACAGAUUUGGAAACGUCUUCCCUUAUGAUUUCAACCGUGUUAAGUUGAAGCCUGUGAAGGACAUCAGAGGAUCAGACUACAUCAAUGCCAGCUAUGUCAAUGGCUAUAUGACCAACACCAAGUACAUUGCUGCUCAAGGUCCUCUGCCCAAUACGCUGGAAGAUUUCUGGAAGAUGAUUAUGGAGAACAAACUACGAACAAUUGUCAUGCUCACCAAAUGUUUUGAGGAGAGGAAAAAGUGUGAGUGCUACUGGCCCCUGAAGGACAACCAACCUCUUGAGAUGGGCUGUGGUAUCGUGGUCUCUCUGACCAGUAUGGUGGCCUUCCCCGACUUCACUGUCAGGAGAAUGAAAGUCAAUCAACCUACCCUCGGCUCAUCCCCUGUGUUUGAGGUGACCCUGUUCCACUACACUUCCUGGCCAGACCACGGUGUCCCCUCUUGUGGAAUGUCCCUCAUCUACUUCACUCGUGCUGUUCGUAAGACACACUCCCAGGAUGAUCCCCGCCCACUCCUCGUACACUGCAGCGCUGGUGUCGGACGCACGGGGACGUUCAUUGUCUUGGAUACGAUGUUGGAUCGUAUGGAGCAGGACGGGAUGAUACAUAUCUACGAUUGUGUUACUCAUAUUCGGAAACAGAGGGUGCUCCUCGUACAGACUCUGUCCCAGUACAUCUUCCUGCAUGAUGCCCUCAAGGAGCUGAUAGUGUGUGGGGAGACAGAGAUACCAGCACAUGUUCUCAUAACAACCUUCAACCAGCUCAAAGAACCAGCUGCUAAUGAUGAGGAGAUAGACAUGGCUCGGUCUUGGGUAGAGGAGGACAUACCCACUGGCUUCCAGCAACAGUUCAAGAUUUUGAGUGAGUGUUCUGUGCCUGACGGGACAGAGGACUACUACAGCUCUCAGAAUGAGGAGAAUGAAGACAAAAACAGAUACUCUCAGAUUUUGCCCAAUGAGAUGCAUCGAGUCAAGCUUCGAUUCUCACCUUCUGGUUCUAACUACAUCAAUGCCAGCUACAUUCAUGGCUACCAACAGAGGCGAGGGUACAUAGCCACUCAAGGUCCCCUGGAGCACACCACUGGAGACUUGUGGAGGAUGGUGGUGGAGAAUGAGUGCAGCUGUAUUGUCAUGCUCUGUACCCUCAGGGAGGGGGAGGAGAAGGUGUGCCAUCGCUACUGGCCCAAGUUCCAAGGAGAGGCAGGCACUUAUGGUGACUUCACUGUCACUCAGCAGACAUUCGACGCUUAUGGUGACUACGUUGUCAGGAAGCUAUCUGUUGCCAUGGCAGCCUCCGAUGAGCCCCCCUCUGUGGUGACACAGUUCCACUUCACCCGCUGGACCGAGAAGAACCCGCCACAGAGCCCUGCCGCUAUACUGGAUGUUGUGCAGGAGGUGAAUGCUGUUCAGAUGGCCUCAGGCAACAAGCCCAUUGUCGUCAUGUGCAACAAUGGGAUUGGUCGCACUGGAGUAUUCAUCACCCUACAUGCUCAACUGGAGCGACUCAAGAUUGAGGGCGUGGUCGAUCUGUUCCAGUUCAUCAAGUUUGCUCGCAAACAAAGGGAGGGACUCGUUAGCAGUCCUGAGAUGUAUGCUUUCUGUCACGAGGCACUGGCUGACUAUGUGGACAGUUUUGAAACUUAUGCCAACUUCAAAGAACUGGUUUAAUUAUAACAGUAACUCACACAAAACAUUUGAUUUUAGAUUAUACUGCUGCUUUUAUAGUUAUUAGAUUAUUGUACAUACUCAGAUUAUACCAAUAGCAAAACUUUGUAUGUGUUUACCACUGACUUUUA